UGACAGUGUAGCUCAUUAGCUUAGCCUCUAAGUUAGGCUACCUGGCUAAAUGUUUAACUAGCUAGCUAACGACACUAGUGUUUGUUCACUGACAGGAAGGAGUAUAUGUAAGGGUAUCUGAGCAGUCCAUAAGAGAAAUAAUAAUAUAUAUAUAUAUUAAAGUAUUAAUGAAUAUGCCUGUAGUUAGAGGACUUAAUCUGAGCUAAUGUGGUGCUUUAGCAGUGUGUGUUGUUUAUGUGGUGAGGGUGUGCAGUGUGACUGGCUUUAUGAUCCAGCCUGAGGCGAACAGAAAACACCUGUAAGUGUAAACCAGGAAAGAUGAUCUAACGUUAAAGUUACAUCACCUGCAGGCAGGUGCUCCUAUAAAACAGCUAGUUUUCAAAAUGUACUCAGAAACUUUAUCUUUUUAUUAGUGCUUCAACUAAAUGUUGUUUUUCACAUUGAUUAAAGCUGCAGUAGGUAAGUUUUAUUAAAAUGUAUUACAUGAGAUUAAACUCGUUUGACUUAUUAGGCAUUAUUAUUCUAUAAAAAGUCAGAAAAUGGUCGGCCAUAAUAUCCCAGAGGCUAAGUUGUCUUCAAAUAGCUUGUAAAUUACAAUGAGUAUUCAGUUUAUAAUGAUAUAACAGGGAAAAGCAGCAACCCCUCAUAUUUAAACUUAUAUAACUAGGGACUGUUUGGCAUUCUGCUUAAUAAAUGACAAUUAAUUGAUGAUCAGAAUAGAUGAUGAUUAUUUUUCUAUUGAGUGACUAAUCCAUUAAUCAACUACUUGUUUUGGCACUGCAUAGAUGUUCACUGUAGUUACAUAACGGCAUGGUGGCCUGAAACAUCCUGAAAGGGUUUGGUCAGACUCUUUCAUGAUCAGACACUACGCUACUCAUUGUUUUAAGCUUCAAGACUGCAUUCAAGCCACACUGAGUGACUGGUUUUCUGCUAUAAAACCACAAUCCGAGGACUUCCCAGAUACAUUGGACUGCUCCAUUCCCCAGGAAACAGACGCUAUCACACCUGAAGAGAGGGAGGAGCUGAAGGUUUCAGUCAAGCUGUUCCUGUGUGAGUCGGUUCUGUCCUCUAUCAGAGAUGCAGUCGAGAUGGCCUGCCAGACUCUGGCAGUGUCCCAGCUCGACUCUGUUAUCAUAGCGCCACCUGAGCCCCUGCAGGGCGACAGCCAAACAUUGGCUCACCUUCAGCCAGCCUGGGAGGAGCUGGAGGCUCUGGUCAGGAGCCAGCGGAUUGCCGCCAUUGGUACCUCUGACCUGGACAAAGAUCUACUGGAACAGCUCUACAACUGGGCUCAGGUGAAGCCCAGCAGUAACCAGGUCAACCUGGCCUCCUGCUGUGUGAUGCCUCCUGACCUGACAGCCUUCGCUAAGGAGUUUGACAUCCAGCUGCUCACACACAACGAUCCCAAAGAGCUGAUGUCAGCAGCCACAUUCCAGGAGGCGGUGCAGGAGGGAACACAGGACCUCAACAUCGCUGACUGGAGGCUGGAGUGGGUCCUGCGCUACUCCAUUAUUGUCAAGAGCAGGGGCAUCAUCAAGGCUAAGGGUUACCUUGUCAGUGCGAGGAAGGCGAGCCCCUAGCACACUCCACUAGUGAAGAAGACACAUGGAUGAAGCCAUUUUCUUCCUUUUUCAGUCUCACACACACACACACACACACACAGAUACACACAGAUACACACAACAUGCAAAGUAACCGCUCUGAAUAAUGGACACUGCCAAUCACCAUGAGUCUUGAAGUUAUUGUUUUUAUCUUACAGAUAAGGUUGCAUCUUGAUCAUCUAUGAUUUCAUCAGUGUAACAGAUGCAGGUAUUUAUUUCCAUCGUCUCAGUGAGAACAAAAAAUGGGAGAUGAACGUGCGAGAUCAACUCCAGUGUCAGUUUUGGAGAGAACAUACGGUGGAAGUGAGCUGUACAUUGACAGAUCAGCCGUUAAUCGACGCAGUAGAGGCUGUUUUUUAAUGAUGGAAAAUUUCACUUACUAAGCUUUGAUCCAAGGUGAAGGUUCCUAAACCCUUGUUUGGACUUGAAGUGCCUCUCAUCUCUUUGCUCCUCCUAUCCUCAUUCCUGCUUAAUCUCCACUGUGUCCGUGUGAAUAGAGCUUUAACUAUCAGUCUGAAUUAAGUAGGUGAAGCAAAAGAAAAAGGUAGAAAAUUAUUGUUUUUUUAUUUUGUUUUUUUUUUUUAUGAUUCCAAACAUUUUGAAAGUGUAAAUGGGGAAAAAAAUUGUAAUCAUGCAAUUAGAUUUUUCCUGCUGUACAUAACACCAUUUGCAUUCCUCAAUUGAGUAAAACGAUGCACUAAUUCAAAUUCAACCACAUGUGAGAUGUUUAUUUUAUGAUGCUGAUUGAAUUAGACAUUAACUGGUAAAGCAGACGACUUAUGUGAGUAUUACAUAACAUUAUGUUAUCAUGCAUUUUUUUCUAACCAUGCGCUGUGUUUGACAACUCAUUGAAAUGUUUGCCCACCUUAUGCUCAUGAGAUUAGUUUGAGGGUUGAAAGUACAGCAUUUUGAGAUGUUUUGACAUGCAUAGCAGGCUUCGGUCAUCUAUAUGCAUUGUUGUUGUAGCACUGGAAGCUCCAUGCCAAUGAGAAAAUGUGUUAAUUCUGAGGGAGAAGGUUGUAAUUUCAGAAUCGUGGCUGUUUGAGCAGAUAAUCUCACAAAGACAAGUUAUCUGUUGUACUGUAAACAUAUUUAAUGUUGUCAUAUAUCUGUAUAUCAUGAAUUGGCUUUAUUAAAAUUAUGAAACAGA